AUGCAGCUUAUCACUCUUCUUACCAGCUCAUUUUCUAUCUACUUCGUACAGUGCUACACGAAAUCAAUAGAAAAUAGAAGAGACAAUAGUGGAGAUAAUGGCAUCAUCUCUUCAGUGAUUUGGCGUAGUAUUAUUGGUGAUAUUUGCCAAUUAUCAUCUUUUCCACGUCCAACAACUGAUCCAAACAAAUACAUCGAGUGCGUAUUCCAAGCCGAAAAUGCUGGAAAUCGUAGUGAUCUUGGUAUCUGGGCAUCAAAGAUCUGCCCGAUUGGAUAUCAGUUUGUAACAUCAGCUCGAGAAUGUAAAGUCAUUGGAUUCAUUAAAGCUCGACAGCAGUUGUGCGAAGGGUCCAAUGCUGAAAAAUAUAAAUUCUGUCCUCAGCUAAGAAAUGGUCCAAAGCUCGUAGUGAAAAGAGUGGAGCAACAAAAGGAACAAUGCCUGUGUGUCUUGAAUGAAGAGAAUUGUGACUGCCCAAAAGUUGUAAUCAUCGAGCUAGUCACAUAUGAUAAAGUUAUGAAUGAAAAGAAUAUAUCAAAGGCUCGUCAAGCUCGUCAUGCGCCCUGUCAGAGUGAACAAAGAUGCAUAAUCUCUGAUGAUAAUUGUGGUAUCUGUUCGAAUUCAGACAGCUUAUGUACCUGUGGUUCAUCAGGUUCAACUAAUUUCUCCGGUGUCAAUAAACUCCCGAAUAAGCAAAUCCCGGAAGGCUGCCAACUUUUAAAUGACGGACAACAGUACUGUACUCAGAUACAGGGGAAAGCAGGGAAACAACACUAUUCUACUAUCAUUGCGCCGCAACCAUGUCCUACAGCAGCUGGACAAAGUGUUGAGGGUUCUAGAUAUCAGAAAAUUUGCUCAUGGAUGAUCGAAUCGCUUGUUGCUGAUCCAGAAAGUCCAUCACAUUUUCUGCAGUGUCAGCCAGCACCAAACAGUUUGUAUUGUGGAAGAUGGCAAAGUAUGCCUUGCGAACCAGGCCUUAUCUUUAAUGCUCUCCUGCAGGUUUGCGUAUGGAAUCCUAGAAUGCAAUCAGAGGAAAUUCCAAUAAUUAGCCUAGGUAUUACUGUAACGUAUCCAUCAAUAGCUCAGCUAUAUUCGCAUACUUCAAGUGGAUACCUGAUGUCCCCUAUUCUGGUGAUCCCUGGGUAUGAUGCAAAUACACGAUGCACUUGUCAUGUUGGUGUGCAGAUUGGUUUUUGUGGUUCUGACGGUCAGUGCCCAGGCCAGUCUGUCUGCAAAAGCAAUGAAUUAGCUGGACAGGGAUCUGUAAGCAAUUUCCAGUUUCUUGACAAAGUGAAUUUUUCGAAAAGUUAA